AUGAGCGUCGAGGAGAGCGCCUCCGCCAACAGCAGCAGCAGAGCAUUAACGAGUAUUGAGCGUCGAGGAGAGCGCCUCCGCCUUCAACAACAGCAGAGCAUCAAGGCCAACCCGUAUAAAACAUUCAACAGCCGCAACAAUUACAUCAACCACAAAAAAACUGCUCACGAAUAUUCAAGGAAUACGACACUUUCCAAAUUUUACGGACAUGUAAAAAUACUAGAAACAAAAUAUGAAUCUGUUUAUAGCAUCUUUAACAGUCUUCCACCAAAGCAACGAAGAAAGAGAGGACUAUUAAAUUUGCUAGGGACAGAAAUCAACAAAAAUUUUAAAAUAUUCAGGGAAAUUAUAAAGAUCAAUUACAACUUAGAUAACCUGAAGACCCACCUUGAAGAUCUGUUUGAAUCAGUGCAACUAGCUAAAGUAAAUAUUAUUCCAAAACAAAUACUAUCAGUCGAAGAGUUAGGAUUUGUUUCAAAUAUCCUAGAACAGCAAAAUAUUAGACCACACAGCAUAGAGCAAAUCUACGAGUUUCUUGAUUUAUCAGCAUAUUAUAACAAUUCAAAAAUAAUAUUUAUAGUUUCAAUUCCAAGAUUAGAAAACUCUACGUAUACCGAAUUUUUACUAGAACCUCUUCCAAUAUCAGAUAAAAUUUUGAAACCACCAGCCAGUGUUGCUUUGCAUAAUGGUAACAAGACGUACUUCAUCAAGGAGAAAUGCCUAAACAUCGAGAAGACGAGACUGUGUAACAUUAACAACCUCAUAGAUGCAACCGAAGACUCGUGCUACUCAAAUUUGCUGAGAGGACUAUCAGGAAAUUGUACUUUCGUAAAAUGCCUUCAGCCUACGGAGAUAAGAAGAAUCACGGACAAUCAUAUCGUAACUACAAACACUCAGGACAUCGAAGUAGAUUCGAAUUGUGGACUCACCAAACGAAACAUAUCCGGUACAUAUUUGAUCGAGUUUCACAACUGCAGCAUCUUUAUAAAUGGCACCAGAUACAACAACGUCGAAGCCUUUAAGUCAGAACCGACAUUUGUAAUGCCUCUGAACGGUUUGCACAUUAACGAAAAGACCCUGGAAGUUCGUAACAUCGAUGAAAUCCACAUAAGAAACAGGCACUACAUCGAAACAUUGACAAAGGAACACAACAUCCGGACAUACACAUCACUAAGUAUGUCGACAAUCUGUAUCCUUUUAAGUAUCAUUACAGGCCUUUUUUGGAUAUCAAGGAGACGCAAACAAAUUUCUCUUUACAUUGGAACAUCCAAGGAGUCUAAACAAUUAGGACCGCUCGAAACCAGAAGCAUCUCAGCGAAUCGGGACGAUUCGUCUUCAAAAGGGGGAGUAGUUAAGAACGAACCCUCUUGGACCACAACCAACCGCUUUAUCGGUGCAUCUCUAUUAUCAUCAUCACCGUCAUCCAUACCAUUAGCAACAACAGCAACCAAUCACUUCAUUGGUACAUCUCUAUUAUCGUCAUCAUCGUCAUCAUCCAUACCAACAACAACAACAACACCAACGCCGAUGACGACGACUAAGACUCAGCAAUCGGCAUAGCAGUUAGCACGAUCACUAACCCGCACCCAAGUCCAAGCAUCAGCAAUUCUUCCCCAGCAACACUAAGGUAGCUCAGUAACGAGUAAGGCAUAUUCCUACAUCAGCAAAUGGUCAUCCGGCAGCCAACGAUGUCACCAACCCUUGGACCUGCCAACGAUCGAAGACACCUCAGCAGUUUCACCACCAACUAACGAUGUCACCAACCCUUGGACCCGCCAACGACGGAAGACACCUCAGCAGUUUUGUCGCCCUUGCAACAGCAACACGGCGACCACGUUCCCUCUUUAAAUUUAUCUUACUCAGCUGAUUGAUAGGGCUUCGGUAGGUUUGGUUAUAAUAUAAUUCAAUAAAUCAGUUCAGUUGGUUUUAGACCUCAGUACAGUUAACUAGUGUUUUUUUAAAACACAUCCAAAAGUUAUAUAUAAAAGAAAAAUACCAGAAAAAAUGGACUUUAACUUUACGGUAAAUAAAAAUGGCAAUUGUCAACUUUGACAACAAAAGGAUAACGCGGAAGACAUGGUUCGAUGCGAUGAUUGUCAUCGCUGGUUCCAUUUGUCUUGUGGAAAGUUAACCCACCAACCACAAUCAGAAGAGCCUUGGUCUUGCAUCAAGUGCUCUAAAAUUAAGGCCGAAUUUAAGGCCCUAGAAGAAAAGGUAGUUAAACUUUCUGAAGUUUCAUCCCAACAAACCAAACAAGAGCCUCAGGUUGAAGUUUUUGAAGCCAUUAUUGACAAAAUAAAAGAAAUAAAUACCGGUGGAAAAUCCCCGGCUGAGCGCCAAGUUUUAAGACAGUCCCUAAUGGAACUGCCGUAUUUCGAUGGAAAUUAUAAAGUGUGGUCCAGGUUCAAACAUACCUUCCUGGAAACUACCGAACAAGGAAAUUUUUCCGAUUUAGAAAAUUUGACUCCUUUACAGAAGAGUCUCAAAGGUGAAGCAUUAAGAGCAGUAAGUUCGCUCUUAAUAGACUCCAACAAUGUGAAUUCAAUCAUAACAAAGUUAGAAAAUCAGUUCGGUAGUGUCGAACUAGUGUAUAAUGGACUAUUGCAAGAGGUACUUCCACUGGGAAAUCCCAGGUUCGACAUGCCAAAAACGAUGAUAGACUUUAUUUCCGCAAUAGGAAAUCUAGUCAUAAAUAUGAAAUGUCUGGAUCAUGAGGAAUACCUCAACGAUCCCAGAUUAGUAAGGGAUCUAGCCAAAAGGCUUCCUAAUUACCUCUACCAAAAGUGGGCUGGCGUACCUUAACGAGGAGAAGGAGCAAGCUACCUCAUUAAACCCGUUUCUGGCGCCAAACGUCAGCGAAUUUUAUGCCUGGUUAGAGCCUCAAGAGAAACUAGCUACCACGCUGAUAGCAGACAGGGGCAACAGGAAUGAUAAACCGUUCAAAUUUGAAAAACCCGACAGAAUAAAUUAUCACGACAUAAGAAGCCCUUCUAAGUGCUUCAAGUGCGGGAAAAACCACAAACUAACAACAUGUGAGGGAUUUAGAAAAAUGAAUGUAGACAAAAGAAGAGACUUUGUUAAAAACAAACAACUUUGCUUCUCCUGCUGUGGAUCAAACCAUAUGGUAAACAAUUGCAAGUCAAAAAGGAUCUGCAAUAUAAACGAAUGCAAGAGUAACCACAACCGCUUAUUGCAUACCAGAGGGGAAGAAGCCAAUAAAACGGAAACCAACAGAACAACAGCGCAUGUUAACUGCCAUAAGGAGAAACAAACCAGAGUUUUCUAUCAGAUACUGCCGAUAACCUUGUUUAAUAAAGAUAACAGUGUACAAACACAUAUAUUUUUUGACUCUAGAUCUUCCGUCAGUUUGAUUAACAAAACUACGGCGGACGAACUACACUUAAAGGGAAAUCCAAAUUCCGUAACUUUCGCCUGGACUAACGGCGACAUUCAAGACGAAGUCGAUAGCAGGGUCGUGCAGUUAAAAAUAGAGGGAGCGAAUGGGAAAAGAUUCCUGCUAAAGGAAUUAAAUACCAUGUCGAAUCUCUCCUUACCCGUACAAUCACUAGAUGCCCGAACAAUGAAAUAAAAACAUCCCUAUCUUAAGGGAAUUCCACUCGAUUCAUAUAAAAAGGCAAAUCCUACCAUUCUAUUGGGACUGCCACACGCUUAUCUUUUCAAAACACUUGAAGAGAGCGGUGGCGGAUUCAACGAACCUAUCGCUCCAAAAACCCAAUUAGGAUGGGUGUUAUUCGGAAGUAGCAACGCUUCACCAGAUAAAUAUCUUAAAAAUCUGGACCAUGUGUUCAUUAUGACAGUUAGCGCUCAACUUCCAAGCGGAGCAGACGUUUUAUUUCCCUAGAAGCCACACGCAAGCUAUAUUUUUUUCAAUUUUCGGUUCGCCUCGUUUUAAUGGUUGUUUUCGCGUGCUCUUUUCGUCGCGAUUAUCGCCGCGAUGAGUGUUCGACGUGAAAACACGUUUCGCAUCGAUUAUUCGAACGUGCCGAAGAAGCCAUCCUACGAUGAGCAGCUUCAUGACUUUGUUGCUACCGAAUUGGGUCUACAAUACGAAGAAGUUCUUUGUUACGAACGCGAUAUUGAGCUUACAGUAAAUUUAAGAACAAAACAAUAAUAAUCAUCAAAUUAGUAAACCUUGUUAGGUUUGGAGUAGUAGCAAAAAACAUGAACCAAAACAGAACGAUUAUUCUCGGAAGGACAAAUAGACAAAGAAUACCGAAAAAACAGUUUCCAAUGAUCGAAUGUGCUAUAACGGCUCUAUCCCUUUUCCUUCUAAUAAGAGCGUGGCAGGAGAGUAAGAAAAUUCAAUACAACAUUCACGACUUAACCGCGCCGGCUCAGCUAGUGAAUCUUCAGCAAGGAGAGAUCAAUGCUAUGAGCGUGUGUAGGCGGACCAUGCUUAAAAGAAAAAGAACAGCAUGAUGCGAUCUCAAGUGGAUUCGUUCAUAGGCGAUAGCAAGUCCCACGAAAAUAGCGGUAAAGGACCAACGUCUAGUUGGAAAUAACCUACUGCAAGAAGCCGUGUUAUAGAACUGGCAAGGUGACUAGCAUGAGACCCAGAGCGACGAUUGAGGUUAGGUAAUAAAAACGAUACCAAAAAAAUAUGUUUGUGUAUUACAGAGCGGCUGGACCAGUUGAGCGAAGAAUGAAAUAAGUAAAACGACCCACGCUAAGUUAAACAAAUUUAUAGACCACGUAUGGUUACAUUUGGUUAAUGGAAAAGCAAAAAGGAAAACUCCUAACUAGGAUGAACAAAAAUCUGGCAUCUCUCUUUUGCCUUAGACUUAAGGGGG